GUCAGUCGCAGUGGCGGAGUGGUGAACUGGUGUAGUGUUUACUGUGAGUGGUACCUACGUAAUUUUGUUUUGGUGCUGGUGUAGAGUUGCAGCAGGCAGUGAUUUGCAUUGUGUUGUGUGUUUUAUGUUGCAAUCAGAGUUACCGAAAUCACAACAGUUAGGGAUCUGUGCUCUGUAAAUGCGUAGUAACUUCUUCUCGUCGUUACGCUUGAAGGUCUUGUACGCGACGUGACAGCGCGCAUGCGCGCGUUUGGAGACCAAUGGGAUUGCUGAGCGGCCGACCAGCAGGGCAGUGGUUGGAGCGGCCCGGAGCAGGAAAGGUGCGUUUGCCCCGCGUUCUUUUGGCGGCAGGCGGAAAUGUUGGCCUCGUGGCAGUCGACGUCGCCUGACGAGGGCGCCGUCAAGCAGCGAGAAUCGCCUUUCAGGGACGAUGCGUCGGACAGUCAGCUGUCGUGUGACAGGUGCGUUGUGAACGAUCGGGUAUCGUCUGGAGGGGGCAUUGUGAACGAUCUUUUGUGGGGUAACAGGUACUUUGUGAACAAUCCGUUAUGGUGUGACGGGGACGUUGUUCGGUACCCACUAUUGUCUGACGGGGACCUUCGUAAGUGUCCGUUAUCGUGUGACAGGGUCGCAGUGCCCGCCGAAGUGACGAGGUGCGUGGACUUGGAACCUUCAGUAUUAUGUGAGGUGAAGAAACCCGGUGGUGACAGGCGAGCGGCGUUCUGCGUCAUGAACCAUUUGACGGGAAAGGUCCUCAGAAGGCGCCCGGGGGCGAGUGGCUGCCCCCGCGUCAAGGACCUGGACCCGCGCGCCAACUGGCGGCGAAGACACCGCACCUCUCUCGUGUGGUGGUUGCUGCUGUUUCUUCUCGGGGCGGCGCCCCUGGCGUCGGGACAGCUGCGCCCCAAAACUGACAUCAGCUCCAGCCGCGCAGAAGGGGUGUGCCAGAGUGUGGACAUCCGGAAUACCGCGGAGGCGUUCAAGCGCCUGUCCGGGUGUCGGGUGGUGGAGGGCUUCGUGCAGAUCGUGCUCAUAGACCACGCAACGGAGAACAGCUUCGCGAACCUGUCGUUCCCCGAGCUGCGCGAGAUCACUCACUACCUGCUGUUGUACCGCAUCAACGGCCUCCGCUCGAUCGGGAAGCUCUUCCCGAACCUGACGGUCAUCCGCGGCGAGACGCUGUUCCUCAACUACGCCCUCGUCGUCUUCGAGAUGAUCCACCUGCAGGAACUGGGUUUGUACUCGCUGACGGACAUCUUGCGUGGUGGUGUGCGUAUAGAGAAGAACCCACUCCUCUGCUUCGUGGAUACCGUGAGCUGGGACCUUAUUGCCAAGGCCGGACAUACUUCCAUUUCGGGUAACAGAGUCCAGAACGAAUGCCCGAUGUGCCCUCAUGAAAAGCUGAUAUGCCACAACUCGAGCACCAAAGGAUCCCUGUGCUGGAACCACCAGAAAUGCCAGAGAGUGUGCCCUGACAGUUGUGGCAACAGCAGCUGCAUGUCGGAUGGACGGUGCUGUCACGAGUUCUGUUUGGGCGGCUGCACGGGACCUGGGCCGGAGGAGUGUCUGGCGUGUCGUGACGUCGUGUUUGGGAAGAGGUGCGUUAAGCAGUGCCCAGCUGAAACGUACAAGUAUCUAAACCGACGCUGCAUCCGUGCAGAUGAGUGUUGGAACAUGACCAGGCCUCGUGAACGUAACUAUGACCUCCGACUGAAGCCGUACAAACCGUUCGGUAGCUCGUGUGUCCUGGACUGUCCUGCUGGAUAUGUGGAGACUGAGUAUGGACCGAAUAAGUACAACUGCACCCCCUGCGAGGGACCGUGUCGUAAGGAGUGCCCGAGCGUUAGUGUGGACAGCAUUGCAGCUGCCCAGAAGAUGCGAGGCUGCACGUAUAUCAAAGGUUCACUCGAGAUUCAGAUCCGUGGCGGAAAGAACGUUGUUAAGGAGCUGGAGGAAAACCUGAACAUGCUGGAAGAGAUUGAGGGUUACCUCAAGAUAGUGCGGUCCUUCCCCCUCGUCUCACUCAACUUUUUACGCAAGCUGAAGGUUAUCCAUGGCAAGAAGCUGGACAGUGGCAAGUACUCAUUCGUUCUGCUGGACAACCAAAACCUGCAGGAGCUGUGGGACUGGAACACGCGCUCAGAGGACCUGCAGAUCCUGAAUGGCCGCCUGUUCUUCCACUUCAACCCAAAGCUCUGCCUGUACAAGAUAGAAAAGUUGAAACACGUGGCCCGCCUGCCGGACUUUACUGACCUGGAAGUCGCAGCGAACUCCAAUGGGGAUAAGGUUGCAUGCAAUGUGACUAUGCUUCAUGCCCGGGUGACCAAGUCGGAGUACUACGCGGUGCUGAUCGAGUGGGAACAGUUCGAGCACUACGACCCACGCACUUUGCUCGGUUACGUCGUGUACUUCAUAGAGGCACCUUACCGCAACCUGACCUUGUAUGAUGGACGGGACGCGUGCGGUGGUGAUGGCUGGCACGUGGAGGACAUGCCAGUCAAUGCAAAUAUCGCCAUUCUAACUCACUUGAAGCCGUACACGCAGUACGCGUUCUACGUCAAAACAUACACCAUCGCGACGGAGCGCAGCGGUGCUCAGAGCCCCAUCCAGUACUUCCGCACGUUGCCUGCUUCCCCAUCUCCUCCGGUAGCGCUGGACGUGACUACAGCCACAAGCAGUGAGCUGACCAUCAAAUGGCUAUCGCCGCUGGAGCCAAACGGCAAUGUGACGCACUACGUAGUCAUUGGCACCUGGAUCAAAGAUGAUCAGAGCAUGCUGGACCAGCGCAAUUAUUGCAAUGAGCCACUGAUACCAGAUAAGAAACCAACGCCCCCCACAGAAAUGGAUGGAACAGAGAGGAAGGAUGCUGAUGCGUGUAUGUGCGAGGAUGAUAAAAGUAACAAGGAAACAAAGCUGAAGGAGAGAGAGGUUGCGGCACAGAUCCACUUUGAGGAUUCGCUCCAUAACCUGCUGUACAUCAAGCGGCCGAGUCAGAGCCGUCGGAAGCGUGACAUCGCAGCCGAGUGGCGAGAUACGACACUGGGGGUGCGUAGCAUGGUGUCGCCACGACUCGUGGAGCCUUCGGAGUUUGGAGACCCAGACUACCAGACUACACCUCACAGGUACCCAGAUACAACUGAAGAGAACGCGGACAUGAGCUCCCAUGAACCUGCUGCUGCAUCCAUCCAAGCAGAGUACAACUUCAGACACGUCGUGUAUGGGAAGACGGAAAUAGUGGUCCGGAACCUGUCCCACUACACGCAGUACACUAUUUCAGUUGAAGCCUGUCGUGAGAUUGUUGCAGAGGAGCCCAGCAACACAACGCUGAACUGCUCACGCAAAAGCUUCAAGACAGGCCGCACUUUGUCACUUGUUGGCGCAGAUAAUGUCGACAGCUCAAAACUCGUGGUAGAGGUGUUGAACGAGAGCCUCGGCACAGUGAAACUAAGGUGGGAGGAGCCGCCAUCUCCAAACGGCAUCAUCGUCACAUACCAGAUCGAGUACAAGAGUGUCGAAAACCCCAAUUACAGCCCCAUGGUGGAGUGCAUCACACGCAGCCAGUUCCUCAACAACGGAAGUUCUUACAAACUGCAUAAACUGCAGCCUGGCAACUACAGCCUGAGGGUGCGUGCCAUGUCCCUUGCAGGGUACGGGGAUUACACGGAACCACGCUACUUCUACAUAAAGCAUCAGUCGUCAUCAAAAAUGGAGUGGUUGGUAGGUGCUCUGGUGGGCAUCGCGAUACUGGCGGCCGUGUUGUGCGUCGUGGUCGUGUAUCUACGCCGCAGAUACAUUCCAGGAAUCCCGAAUGUGAAGCUGAUCGCUACUGUCAACCCAGAGUACGUCAGUACGGUGUACGAGCCUGAUGAGUGGGAGGUGCCACGGAAGAUGGUGGAGCUGCUCCGUGAGCUGGGGCAGGGCAGUUUUGGGAUGGUGUACGAGGGCAUCGUACGGGACGUAGUGGAAGGUCAUCCAGAGAUGCAGUGCGCUAUCAAGACCGUGAAUGAGCAUGCAACAGACCGGGAACGCAGCGAGUUCCUCAACGAGGCCUCCGUUAUGAAAGCCUUCAACACGCACCAUGUUGUACGUCUCCUGGGCGUGGUAUCGCAGGGUCAACCAGUGUUGGUAGUCAUGGAACUUAUGGCAAAUGGGGACCUCAAGUCAUACCUCCGUUCUCACCGCCCAGACGUGAGUGAAGACCUCAGCAAACAACCCCCAACCCUGAAGCGGAUCCUGCAGAUGGCGGUGGAGAUCGCCGACGGCAUGGCCUACCUGGCCGGGAAGAAAUUUGUGCACCGUGACUUGGCAGCCCGCAAUUGCAUGGUGGCCGAGGAUCUCACCGUCAAGAUCGGAGACUUUGGCAUGACUCGCGAUAUAUAUGAGACGGACUACUACCGCAAGGGCACCAAGGGUCUGCUGCCGGUCCGCUGGAUGGCACCGGAAAGCCUCAAGGAUGGCGUGUUCACGAGCCACUCCGACGUGUGGAGUUACGGUGUUGUCCUCUGGGAGAUGGCGACCCUGGCCUCGCAGCCCUAUCAGGGGCUGUCCAAUGACCAGGUGCUGCGGUACGUAAUAGAUGGGGGCGUGAUGGAACGGCCGGAAAAUUGCCCCGACCGCCUGUACCAGCUGAUGCGGUUGUGUUGGCAGCACAAACCGAUGGCUCGCCCGCCAUUCGUGGAUUUGGUGGCUCUUCUCCUGCCAGACGUGUCCCCAGAUUUUACCAAAGUUUCAUUUUACCACAGCGAGGAGGGUCGCGAACUGUGCGGCCCUCUUCGCCCAGAGAUGACGGACGAUCCGUCCACGCCCCUGAGAGUCACGCGAGACGUCGAGGACUUCUCCUUGGGCGACGGAUCGGACGACGACGAAGAAGGUCCAGAGAUGGAUGUGGAGGCGUGCUUUCAGCCGCACUACCGCGUCAUGUCUGUCCCGAGCACCAGGAUCAGCGCAGGCAUUCCUCCGAACGGCAAGAUCGGCAACGGGAGCGCGGCCACGUCUCCCACCGCCGCCAACGGCUGGGUGAUCGGGCAGCAGGGGAAUGGGACGAGCGGCGCCAAUUCGGCGGACAUGAAGACGACUCAGUGUUGACGUCGCAGUGAACGUAGACUGCGCAGAGGCAUGCGCUGAUAUAGUUCCUACCCGUGCCAGACCAUUCCACACCAGUGUGGGUGUUGUAACAGUAUUCUGCGACGUGCCAAGCGUAAGAGGGCUCCGCAAGUGUAUCACUCGCCUUGCUGUCUUAUGAUUCGAGGCAAAAGACUGUAACUUAUCGACAGGAAGCCAUUUUAAACAUGCAAAAUAAUAAAAUGGUUUUGACUUCCA